AUGCCUCUCGCGAGGACAUCAAAAAAAGUCGAGACUUGUCCGUCCGAUGCGAAACAAAACGUUUUCAUUCUUAUUUCUCGAUCGACGUUCGAAAUCGACGAAUCUAACGCGUCUCGUCUCCGUUUGUUCCAGAUCACGGAAACGUACGCGUUCCUACCACGCGAGGCUGUGACGCGGUUUCUUUUGGGCUGCACGGAAUGCCAACGGCGUCCACGUACCCCGAGCCCGACCAACCUGUCCAACCAGUCGCAGCAGGCGACGCCGCUCUCGACGACCGGCCUCACGCCGUCCGCCACGACGACGACCACGACGACGACGACGACCCCUUUGAGCCCCAACGCCACCGCCUCCUCGCAAACCAGCGGCAGCCCGAAGCAGCGCGAGGGGAGCAACCACCACCACCACCACCCAUCACCACCACCACCACCACGAGGCGGCAAGCCUCUGUACAGCUACAGGCACCACCAGAAGCAUCACCACAAGGGUGGUGGCCACCCCUCGGGCGAGAAGAGCGACAAGGAGAAGGAGGAGAAGUACAAUCCCCUGAGCAUCACGAAUCUGUUGAAGAAGGAGCCGGUGACGGGCGGCUUCCUGCCGGCCGCUGACGGCCUGCCCGACUCGAGGAGGACCCCGGAGUCGGACCGCGCCAGCUCGAGAAGCUCGGCUUCCUCGAAGAGGAAGCGGAUGCUGCCAGAGGGCCGGACGCCCUCCCCCCAGCCGAGCCACCCGUUGCCAAGGCCUUGGAGCCCUGGACUCGAUCCCAAGAACACGCCCAUCGACUACAGUCUUCCCAUCACUACCUCGUACCUGAAGCAUCAGCAGAGGCUGCAGCAGCAGGCGGAGAAGAAGAAGGCGGCUGCGGCCGCGGCCGCCGCCGCCGCUUCCUCCUCCUCCUCCUCAUCCUCCUCCUCCUCCUCCUCCUCUCCUUCGACGGUGGCCAAGGAGGCCGAGAUGGAGCAGAAGGUGGACGAGGCCCUGGUGGACGCGGUGGAGAGGGACAGAUACUCGCCGGCCACGGGCCUGAUCGACACGAACCUCAAUCUGUUGGCCACCAUACAACACCUCCACUGCCAAGUGAUGCUCGCCCUCACGGAGAGGCUCAGACCGUCGAUCGCCAUGCCUAGCCCCCUCGUCUUGCCCACCAUCGGCAACGUCCUCUCCACGGGGAUGAUGCUCGGCUCGGAGGUCUCGGUCCAGACGGGCGAGAAUCACGCGACGUGAGAGGCCACCACCUUGCCUCCACCCACGCGUCUCCUCGCCGAGUAUCGAGUAUGAGGCUACAUUACGCGCGCACAAUUUUUCUAUCGUACGUCCGAUCCAAGGAAGGAUCGAUCCAUCGAUCGAGGAAGCAAAAAGAGCGAAAGCAAGGAUUGGUCGCCUCGGUUUGCGACGAAAAUGAACGAAAACGAGCGUGCUCGUAUCGUUUGUUGAACGCCUCGUCGGUGGGAUAAUAAUCGA